GGCUGUUUACUGCCCGGGCUGUUGGGUAACAGCGGAGGGUGUCGCCCCCAGCCCGGGCCGGAUUGGACCGGGGGCUCAAGCCGCGCCUGUAGGGCGGGGCAGUUGCGCCGACGCGGCUUGAGUGGCAGGAGAGGCCGGGGCGCCGUAAACAAAACGCGGCUGGCGCAGGCCCAGCGCCUCAGAGCCGUAAACACGGCAGCGACAGCCCGGUAUAGUACAGUGGGGUUAAAGCUGACUGCGGAAGACGGACCUGGACGUGAAUACUGAGCAUUAAUUCCGUUGCGGGUAACGUUUGCCACCGUGGUUACGCCGGCAGCGAUGCUGGGGGCACACGGGCUGGUGUGACCAGCACUCCUUCGUCGCCUGUGUGCUGUGGACGCGUCCUCUCGCCGGACCAGCGGACACAGCUGCCCGGGGAGCUCCGCUUCGCCGCCGGUUGUCGCCGCAGCUCCUCCCGUUCGCGGCGGGGGCGGGCCGGUGUCCGACCUGGUGUCGCCCGGGGCACCGCUGGGCGCUCCUCCACCAUGUUUCCCCUGGACUCGCCCUGGAAUAUCUCCUUCGCCGGCUGCGGGUUUCUCGGCAUUUACCACAUCGGCGUGGCGAGCUGCCUGCAGGAGCAGGCCCCGUUCCUGGUGGAGAAUGCCAGGCACAUCUACGGAGCCUCGGCCGGAGCGCUCACCGCCUCUGCCCUGGUCACCGGGGCAUGCCUGGGGGAGGCGGGAGCGAACAUCAUCGACGUGGCGAAGGAGGCCCGGCGCCGCGUCCUGGGGCCCAUGCACCCCUCCUUCAACCUGGUGAAGAUCAUGCGCACCCUGCUGUACCGCACGCUGCCCCCCGACGCCCACGUCCUCGCCACGGGCCGCCUGGGCAUCUCGCUCACGCGCGUGUCGGACGGCGAGAACGUGCUGGUGUCCGAGUUCAACACCAAGGAGGAGCUCGUACAGGCCUGCGUGUGCAGUGCGUUCAUCCCGGUGUACUGCGGCCUGAUCCCUCCAGCGCUGCAGGGCGUGGUGAGUCACCGGCUGCCCUUUGUCCGCUCUGCUGUCAGUGUUACAGCUCCAUUGUGCAACGUCUUCAUAUUCCUCUUCCUCUUUCUGUCUGUUCCUCCGUCCCCCCCCAUCCCUCCUCUCCCUUUAAAAUUCAACAGCUUUACUCUCCUGCCUGUGAUGAAGGCGAUGUGUAAACAGGGGUACCGAGACGCGCUGCACUUCAUCAGGAGGAACGGCCUGCUGCAGUUCCGGGGGCCCCAGCAGGGGUUGGCCCCCCAGCCGGGGGGCGCCUCGGAGAAGGAGAAGGAGGAGGUGGAUGAAGACAGCGGGAGGGAGGGGGGUGAGAGGCGGAGAGCUGUGAUUCCUGCCCCCAGCAGAGUGGAGGAUCGUCUGUUCGACCACCUUCCCCCACGCCUGCACCGAGCUCUGGUGGAGGCCUGCAAGGAGAGGCAAAGUCUGUUUCAGUCUCUUAGCAACCUGCUGCCAAUCAGACUGGCAUCUGCCAUGAUGAUGCCCUACACCCUCCCUCUGGAGUCUGCUCUGGUGACGCGCUCCGCCUCCAGCCCUCGGCUCAGCAGCACAGACUCCGACAGCAGGGAGCCCAGGCUGGCUCGUGUUCCCCCCACGCCCGCCCGCCGUCUCUUCAGUGUCUCGGACAGCAGCCAGGAUGCCCCGAGCAGCGGUUCGCUGGCCCGGAGCUCCUCGUACACGCGACGCCUCCACAGCCAAUCCGGGAGCGACUCCUCCCCCGCCGUGCCACGCAGCUCCUCCUUUGGGCGCAGACCAGACGUCUCCACGGCAACCUCCGUGACCACGGCAACUUCCUCUUCCACCCUCAACCGCCCGAACAGCCUCUUGGCACAGAGACUGGUACUUGAACAGGCAGACAAGAAGGAGCCUGUUCCCAUAACAACAACCUCAACCACAAGCACCACAACAGCAGGCCAGGGCGAGGCCAAAGAGAGGCGCAGGUCCUACCUGACGCCAGUGCGGGACGAGGAGGCUGAGGCUCAAAGAAGGGCCAAGUCCAGAGACGCCCGGCGGACCCGCCGCUCCACUCAGGUACCGCAACCCGACCGGCCCAGAGCCCGUCAAAUCGCACACAGAAGUUCAGCACUGGGGCUGGGGACAGGCAGACAGGGGAACCCAGGUACAAGCUCAGACAAGUGA